AUGGAGAAGGAAAAAGUUGUUUGGGCCGGUUUUGGCAUCUUAAGUAUGAUGGCACUGGUGUGUUUGCAGCGGCCGUCCAUGUCGUUAUCGCGUGAAAGACGUGCAAAGCGCAUCUCCCGCGCUGAGCGCACAAACUCCCGGCAACGCAACAGCACCUCGAGUCCAAUCACAAACGCCACUCCAACAACCACAAGAAGAUUAAGCAUGACGGCUGGUAAAAACGAUCGAUCUUGUGGAACGACAACAUCUAGACGAGAUGGAAGUAUGGCUCGUUCAAACUCUACAAAUGGGAUGAUGACAGUUGGUAGAGGAAAUCAUGAUUCCCACUCACCACGAGAAGGACAGGGAAUGAAUUCUACCGUAGUGAAGGAACUCCCUCACGUGUUAGUGCAUGAUCAUUCGAUUCCCAGCGAACAACACACAGCUAGACACCAAACAAAAGAGCAACACCAUCUUGCAAAGAGUACAGGAGAUGCUGUGAAGAAACAUCGACUUAUGGAAGAACGGGCCACACAGACAGAAGGUUAUACAUGGGAAGAAUUACGCCGUAUGGAGGCUCUCUUAUUAGCGCAUAAUAAUAAUAAUAAUAAUAAUAAUAAUAAUAAUAAUAAUGGUCGUGGAAAUGAAGGUGGUGAUGCUCUUGAUUGUAUUAGUCCCAUACCGUUUAGAGACGGAGAUGAUCAAACACCACUCUCUUCUAUGGCGAUCUAUACAAGCCCUAUGGCCCCAACAAGAGAAGGAACAUUGCCAUUAUUGCCUCCUUCAUUACAACGUGGAGUAGAAACAGAACUGCAGAGACUUGUAGAGGCGGUGCUGAAACCAAACGCUGGUCCUCAAGUGUGGUUUGAACUCUUUACAUUUCUUAUAGAGCUUCCUCGAUGUGUACGGCGUCAUUUGGUUGCAACAAAGGGAAUUGAUCUUCCUUCCUCACUUCCUACUACUACUACUAGUGGUAAUACUCCUGUUGUGGCUGUUAGUUCUUCAUCAUUUAGUGCGAGUCCGUAUUCAAAUAGUAUGGUGCAUUUCAGUCGUCUCCAGCGCGAGGUGCAACGACUAAUGAAAGGCGAAGUAUCUCAAGAAACCAAAAUUGGACAAUUUAAACUCUCAGAUGAUGAAACGAAAGUUUUAUGGAGUCCACUUAAGGAAAAGGGGGAUAGAAAAAAUGGAAGAUUUUCUCACUUUACUGUCCUCUCUAGUGAUGAGGAAGAAAUAGAAGGAGAGGAUGAUGAUGAUGAUAAUAAUGAUAAUGAAGAUAAAAUCAAGGUAGCAGAAGUUGUUGAAGGUAUUCUUUUAAAACGGCGUCAGUCGAGGAUGAUUUCUGAAUCCACACAAUUUCCUGAAGGAAUAAUGCCUCAAACAGAAAAUUGUGUAGAAACAACAUCAACAACAUUGGAAGAGACAGAUGUAAUGGCAUUGCUUAGUAAACUGGUAAAACUAAAACAUCAUACGGCGUUUAGUUCACUGCAGCGGAAUUGUGCCGAUGUGUCUUUUUCAGUUGAUAUUGUGGAUCUUACAAAUGAGGCCCAACGUUUACUCGAUAGAGCGGCCAUUCGAUCGGCGGCCAUCACAACACCAGCAACACAGUCAUCAUUUUCAUCUUCUACUACUAAUGCUGUGCAGAUGCCUUCUACGACACAAAACUCACAGAAGAUGUCUUGGACGCAGCAGUCAUUUAGACAGAGAGAAGAUUGGAAUGAUCAACCUCUCUGUUUAACUCCACAAGGAACGGGGCGUAUCGCUUUAAAAGAUGAAAAGACUACUAUGCCGUUAUCCUCACGUGGGUUGCAGAAACAAGAGAGUAGCAAUACCGCAAAUAUAAACCGUAUGGCUUGUAAAAAAGAAGAAGAACAACAACGCAGUGGUCAGUACUCUUUGGAAGAUCGUAUUGAUAAUAUUUACCGCCUGUGUGAACCACAAGAGAACGCUGCAGCAACACCACCGCGGAAUAAGGCACCAGAGCCUUUUGGACGCAACUUAACCACAUCCACCAUUCCUAGUGCUCUCACAGAUGAGAAUGGACAACAACGAUCACUCUUUGCAAGAUCGCAAACACAAGCAAUAUUGGAAACGCCAAAUCAAAGCAGUAAUGGUACUACUCCAACUACGGGAGCACGAAAGAAGUUUACCGUUUAUGAUCGUCUCUACACCCCACCAAAGGGAGUCGCUAAAGUAGCUCCACCAACACCCCCACCAAACUCAGGGAGAUCAAAGCCGCCAUUUAAUGUUUAUGUGUGA